GUGGCCACUCUCCCAUAGCCUUACAGCUUGUCGCUCCAGAUCAGCGGUCGGGAGCGAAUGUGAGGCGUGCUCACUCUCGAGGAGCGAGGGGCAGCGCGACUCAGCAGCGUGAUUCCAGGCAGUUUGCAGCAGUCGCUUCCUGGAGGACGGACGCAGAGAUGUGUAGCGGCUGCGCGUAUUAACCUUCAGCAACGGGAGUUUGUCCUACUUUAGAGAGGAGUAGAGCGAAGGCGGCUCAGAUCUGCGUGAACUUCACCAUCCUUUGGAAGCAGUGAAAAUACCAGGACGCUUUCUUCAGAAGCGUUGAUUCUUUAUGCACGGUAUUGCUCAAGCGCUCUUCACGUAGUCAACGGAAGAAUGCUGAACUGUAUCCUGUGUGGGGUUGUUCUAGCUCGAGUGUUGUCUGCCACCAAAUCGAAUUGAAAAAAGGGUGUGUGUGAGCGGAGGUGGAUGCUGCUGUGGGACUCUGGGGAUGUGUAAAGUCUCCAUCCGUCCUGGAUCUCUGCAGCUUUUUAGGAGCUGCUCUCUGGGCUUUUGUGCAAGAGUGUGUGUCCUGGACGUGUGUUCGCCAUGUCUCUAGUUCAGGCACUGCCUGUGCCCACUGAUCACCCGAAGCCCAGCGCUGACAUCCAGCAGUGCUGCUCAGUGUCUCACUCCCCCACCGUAGCUGCGGCAGGCACCAUGGGCUCCGUCAGCAGCCUUAUCUCUGGACGUACCUACCAGGAGCGUCACUGCCGAGCUGCCAGCGACUUUGGCGCCAAGUAUCGCAAACCCACACCAACUACGAGCUGUUUCCGACAGCAAGAGGGCACGCUGCGCAGUGCCAGCUCACAGGAGCAGCUUCUCACCAGACAGCCUCCUCUACCUGCUAAGAACAAGUCCUCUGCCCUCAUCUCUGCUGGCAAUGGCAACUAUGGCUAUUUGAGUGAUGAGCCAGUGGGCGACUGGAAUGAUAAUCAUGUUACCCCGUGCAGCCCGUCCAGUGAUACCGAAGAGCCUCCUGAUAACAGAGGCAUGAAUGGUAACAUUGGUGGCCCUCCUCCCAAACUCAUCCCAGUGUCAGGGAAGCUGGAAAAGAGUAUGGAGAAGACACUGAUCCGUCCCACUGCCUUUAAGCCGGUUGUGCCCAAGAAUCGCAACUCUGUGCAGUACCUGUCUCCACGGUCAGGGGGCAGUCUGACUGAAAGCCAGGGCAGCCUCAACCUCUUACUUCCUGGCACUGGAGCAUUGUUGGGUUGUCAGGAGAAGCGUAACUCUUACAGUGGGGGGCGCAACGCACGGAAUAGCCAAUCCUGCACUAUGUCGGACUCAGGCCGCAACUCACUCUCCAGUCUACCAACCUACAGCAGCACAGGGUACAGCCUGGCACAGAGCGAGGUUCCCACCGGGCACAUGGAAACCACACGCUCCAGUGGUGGCCACGGACACUCUAACUCUGACAGUGGUCGGUCAUCAUCCAGUAAGAGCACAGGGUCUUUAAGUGGCCGUGGGCAGCCCCUCUCAGACAGUGGAUCGUGUGGCCGCUCCCCGGCUCCAGGAGAAGGGUAUGAGGGCGUCAUUCGGGAACUUGAGGAGAAGCUGAGGGAAAGAGACCUCCAUCUGUCAGGUGACAAUCGCAUAAAAUCAUAUGUCUUUUCCAUGCAGGUGUAUGAGGAGAAACAGAAGCGGUGUGAGCAAGAGUUGGAGGACCUUCGGCAGAGCUGUGCAUCGAAAAUGAAGCAGGUGCAGCUGAAGGCACAACGGGCACAACAGGUCCUGCAGUUGCAGGUGUUCCAGCUGCAGCAAGAGAAGAAGAAAUUGCAGGAGGACUUCUCCCAACUGCUGCAGGAACGGGAGGCAUUGGAGAAGAGAUGUGCCUCUUUUGAGAAGGAGCAGACUCAACUAGGUCCUCGUCUAGAAGAGACAAAGUGGGAGGUCUGUCAGAAGUCUGGUGAGAUCUCUCUGCUGAAGCAGCAGCUGAAGGAUGUACAGGCUGAUCUUGGUCAGAAGGCCAGCGAGAUUGUUGCUUUGAAGGCCCAGUUGAGAGAGGCUCGUUCCGAGCUUCAAGCUAGCCAGGCUCGCUCGCAGGAAGCCCACGCCACAGCCCGCACCCGUACACUCGAACUUGAGGUUUGCGAGAAUGAGCUGCAGCGUCGUAAAAGCGAAGCGGAGCUCCUGCGGGAGAAGGUGGGCCGUUUGGAAGAGUCCAUCCGUCUUAAAGAGACCCUGGCAGUGCCCCCGUUCCAAACUCUACCUUCUAAGGGCCAAUGCAUGAGCUUGCCCCUGCCCCAAAGCCGUGGGGGAAUCACUCACGGGAUCAGUCCUGCUUUCCGGGACAACAGCAGUGAAGAGCAGUUUCUAGCAUAUGAAAGCGAUGAAGCGAAGGUGCAGCGUCAGAGCGUGGAUGUGCUUCAUGGUCUCCGUCAGCAGGUGGACCGAAUGCGGGCUGAGCUGAUGUAUGAGAGGAGGCGGAGUGAGGACCAGCUGGAGGCCUUUGAGGAUGAACGCAGGGUAUGGCAGGAGGAGAAAGACAAGGUGAUUCGUUACCAGAAGCAGCUGCAGCAGAACUACAUCCAGAUGUACCGCAGAAACCGAGACCUAGAACGUGUGAUGAGAGAACUUAGUCUUGAGCUGGAGAACAGGGACAUGGAGGAGUUUGACAUGCGUAGCAAUGAGAUCCAUUUUGAGGAGAUCACUGCCACUGAAAUCUAAGCCACAUCUCACUCUGCCAUCCCAAAAUGAAUUUCCACUGAGGUUGUGUGAGGAGCACUGGCCUUCACUGCAGUAUUUUUGGCAUGCUUCUCCACACUAUUUCAGAAAGACUUAUGUUCAAGGCAAGUUAUUGUUGUGAUGUCCGCAGAGGCCAAUAAAAUAUGUAACAUUUGUAUUUAGACAUCUUUGUGAUCACUUCCUGCCUCUGACACCUGUGAGGAAACCUGUGAGAUGAAUGUACAAUGACUGUGAACAGCAGUUAAUUGAUGCCACUGGUGAAGGGAAGGUGUCCUCAAAGGUGGUGCUUUGUUCCUGGCAAACCCCUAUAGUACAACUAGGGCUAUAAUUUAGCUUAAUUCUGAAAAAAA